AUGGUGAAAUCAUACUUUAAAUUCGAGCACUCGAAUACAUUCGGGCUCGUCGCCUCGGCGUCCUCGAAUGCGAUCUGGGCCAAAGACGACCAGACUGGUGUCGCACGCCAGACAGGCGCCGGACGGGCCAUUGUUGGUGCUAGCGAAGAAGUCCUUUGCUGGGAUGUGAAAAAGGGAGAAUUACUCGGAAGAUGGCGCGAUUCCGCCUGCAGGGCGCAGGUCAGUGUGGUUUCGCAGAGUCAAACGGAUGAAGAUAUCUUUGCGGUUGGUUACGAAGAUGGCAGUAUCCGUCUCUGGGAUUCUCGAACCGGUACCGUCAUCAUCUCUUUCAACGGCCACAAGUCCGCCGUUACCAAGCUAGCCUUCGACAAUGCUGGCGUGCGCCUCGCAAGUGGCUCCAAGGAUACCGAUAUCAUCGUUUGGGAUCUCAUUACCGAAGUCGGUCUCUUCAAGCUGCGUGGACAUACCGAUCAGAUCACAUCGCUGCAUUUCCUUUUCCCUUCACAGGAAUUGCUCGCCGCUACCGGGCUGAACGAACACGCGGGAUUCUUGUUGACGACCGGAAAGGAUGCAUUGAUCAAGGUCUGGGAUCUUGCCUCGCAACACUGCAUCGAAACACAUGUGGCUCAAUCGAACGGAGAGUGCUGGAGCUUGGGUCUUUCGCCCGACCAAGGCGGCUGUAUCACAGCCGGCAAUGAUGGCGAACUCCGGGUCUGGUCGAUCGAUGAGGCGGCAAUGAUGGAUAUUUCCAGAGAGAAGAUCAGCGCGGAUGGGCGCAAAAUUCUCACCGACCGAGGAACUUUCUACCGUCACGGCAAAGACCGUACGCUCGGCAUCCGAUUCCACCCUCGCUCAGACUACGUUGGAUUCCACGGGUCAGACAAGUCAGUUGAGAUUUGGCGUAUUCGUUCCCAAUCAGAGGUACAAAAGAGCCUGUCGCGUAAGAACAAGAGAAGAAAGGAGAAGGCUGCGCAAAAGUCCGAAGAAGGCGGUGCGCAGAAGGAGGACGAGAAGACCGAUGAUGCCGCCGCUGCGCCUGUAUCGGAAGUCUUUGUCCAAUAUGUGAUUGUUCGAACUGGUGGAAAGGUCCGUUCCUUCGAUUGGAUGACGAACAAAUCAACUGGUUUGAACCUCCUGGCCGCUACAACAAACAAUCAGCUCGAAGCCUACACCGUGGUACCGGCAAACAAGAAAAACGCCGACAGUGAGGAGUCCGACUACACCCGCAGCCUGGCAGUGGACAUCCCCGGUCACCGAACGGAUAUUCGGUCUAUUGCGCUCAGCACUGACGACCGAAUGCUUGCCUCCGCCUCUAACGGCACACUGAAGAUUUGGAAUGUUCUCACCGAAAGCUGCCUACGAACACUCGACUGCGGGUACUCUCUGUGCUCCGCCUUCCUUCCUGGUGACAAGAUUGUGGUUGUCGGUAACAAGAAUGGAGAGCUUGAAGUGUUUGACAUCGCCUCCUCGACAUUACUGGACACCAUCAAGGCCCACGAUGGACCUGUGUGGUCAUUGCAGGUGCACCCCGAUGGCAAAUCCAUGGUCAGUGGAAGUGCGGACAAGACCGCCAAGUUCUGGAACUUCCAGGUCGUCCAGGAAGAGAUUCCUGGAACCAAGCGUACCACCCCGCGCCUCAAGUUGGCACACACAAGAACCCUCAAGGUCAACGAUGAUAUUCUCAACCUCCGUUUCUCUCCAGAUGCUCGCCUGUUGGCUGUUUCUCUCCUCGACAACACUGUGAAGGUCUUCUUUGUCGACUCAUUGAAGCUUUUCCUCAACCUAUAUGGACACAAGCUCCCAGUCUUGAGCAUGGAUAUUUCUCAUGACAGUAAGCUCAUCGUGACCUGUUCAGCAGAUAAGACAGUCCGUCUCUGGGGAUUGGACUUCGGUGAUUGCCACAAAGCCUUCCUCGCCCACGAGGACAGCAUCAUGGCAGUAGCCUUCGUUCCUCACAACAAGGAUGGAAACGGCCACAACUUCUUCAGUGCCAGUAAGGAUCGCAUUAUCAAGUACUGGGACGGUGACAAGUUCGAGCAAAUCCAACGUCUUGUUGGUCACCACGGCGAAAUUUGGGCACUUGCCAUGAGCCGCUCCGGCGAUUUCAUCGUCAGUGCUAGUCACGACAAGAGCAUCCGUGUCUGGCAACAAACCGACGAGCCUCUCUUCCUCGAGGAAGAACGCGAAAAGGAGGAGGAAGAGGCAUAUGACAGCACACUUACCGCCUCUUUGGAGCAGGAUGAGGAUGGUGAUGGUGAAAAGGCUGAGGCCGUCGAUGCUGGAAAGCAAACGACAGGCACUCUCAUGGCCGGAGAAAAGAUCAUCGAAGCUCUCGAGCUUGGCAUGGAGGAUCUUGAAGUUGUCCGUGAUUGGCGCAAGGUCAAGGCUGCCAAUCCCAACGCUGCGCAGCCCGACCGUAACCCAGUCUACCUGGCCCUGAACAACAUCUCUGCCGAGCAGCACGUUCUGAACACCGUUCAGAAGAUUCCUGCCGCCGCCCUCCAGGACGCCCUCCUGGUCCUACCAUUCUCCAAGCUCUCUGCACUCUUCACCUUCCUCAACAUCUGGGCCGACCGUGAAUGGAACGUCCCUCUUACCUGCCGGGUCCUCUUCUUCAUCCUGAAGACUCAUCACCGCCAAAUCGUGGCCAGCAAGAUGAUGCGCCCCAUGCUGGAUAGCAUUCGCGCAUCACUGCGUCGUGUCCUUGCUCGCCAGAAGGAUGAAAUGGGCUUCAACCUGUCUGCAUUGCAGUGCAUUGGCAACCAGAUUCAAGAACAAAGUACUGCAGACUACGUUGAUGAGGAGACUUGGGAGGAACAGCAGACUUCCAAGGGAACAGGCAAGAAGCGCCAGUUUGUCAGUGUUGCUUGA